UAAGCUCGAGACAUUAACGCUCCACUACAACAACGACGACACAGCUGAUAAACAUGGAGAAAACACUCAAGAUUAUUUGACGAAGGAAAUCCAGAAAUGGAACUUACUUGCCAGAAAAUGAAGCGACAUCCCAUCGACGAACAUCAGUCACCGACAAAUACGCGAAAUCUGUUUUUUGACGAGGAAUACCAGAAUACGUGAGGAUAUUUUCGUUGUCGGCCCAAUAAGUGAAGAAAUGGCCGCGGUUGUUGGUUCCGAGCGGGCUGCGAUGGAGAAGUUCGGUAGCGGGGGUGCGGCGCUGCUGCCGUGGACUAAACAGAUGCUCACCGUGCUGUGGGAACAGCUCCGACUGCUCCUUCAGGUCAUCUACUACACCUUCGUGUCGGUUUUCCAGAUGUUCAGGUUCGAGGUUCACGUGAGAAUCACAGACGAGACAGGCCAGCGCAUCCAGCACAUGACCACGGCGGCAAACCAGACCGACUCCUUCCUCUUCUCCUCGCUGUUCGACGGAGACAGCGGUGUGAUGGUCGGCGGUGCCAACCCCCUCUCUAACUUCUGCACCGAGGUGGGCGACCCCUUCGCCGGGAAGUCCAGCGCUGAGGCCCUGCUGUCCACCCUGCGCGCCGACGACCUGUGCGGCAGCAUGGUGGACGUCUCCGGCAAUGAGGACGCAGUCUUCCUGGGACGCCAGUCCGGCUGGAAGAUGGGCUUCCCCGGUGACUGGAACAUCUCCUUGUCGAGUGGCGACAGCUGCGGGUCCAACGACGGCUGCCACAAAAACGGCGAGAGAGCGUUCAGCCAGGACGCCUCCGAAGAGGAGAGAAGCUGCCAUUGGAGCAGCGAAGACGACCAGAACGUGAUGGAGUUCGACAGCGCGGCGCGGGGAGACCCCGACCUCGUGUCGUCGGGCGAGGAGACGCUGGGGCCGCGAGGCCUCAGCGUCUGGGUCAGCCGCAGCGACAGCGAGAGCAGCUGGAGCAGCUGGGCCAGCUCCGAGGGUUCCAGCCCCGACAUGGACGAGGAGAGCGAGAGGCUCUUGGAGUUCUUCAGCAGCCCCGACGACCCCUACAAUCCCAUGUGCUUCACCGCGUGCACGUUCAACAGCACCCCGCCACAAACCACCACCACCUCCGUCACCACAGUCCCCAAACCACGGCCCUCGCUGGCCUCCAAGUCGGACACAGAGGAGAAGGAGGGCAGCUUUCCCCCUUCAUCCGACGAGGAAGAGGAGGCCCUGUGGGAAUGGCUCGGCCAAAAGGACGACCCGCAUCACCCCCUCAACUUCCAGGCUCGCCUGCAGAGCUCCUCGGCGUCCGUUGAGCCACUCGGAGACGAGCUAGAAUCAGUUGAUGUCCACCACGCGCCAGAUCCACACAGCGAGGAGUCCCAGGAAGCCAGAGCCACCAAGCCCGCGCUGACGGCGAGGAAGUUGAAGCGCCACGCCCAUCCAGAGAAAACCGUGGUGCCCUGGAAGAGGGCAGAACGAACAACGCAGACACCGCCGCCGGAGAAGAGGAGAGGCCAGCGUAGCGGCACCCGAAAAAAGGUACAUUUUUCUCCUGAAGUCCAAGUCCACGUCAUGCGGACCUGGCAGUUUGCUCGCUAUGCGUCUCGCAAAGGACACUGGGAGGAAAUGGCGCGCGACCGGGACCGCUUCCAGAGACGGGUCUGGGAGGCGGAGCAGACCAUCGGCCGCUGCCUGUCCCCCGACCACCGGGACGGGAUGCGCGCCUACCUGGACGCUGCCUCAAAAUGAACACAAAAAACAACGUUUCAAACAAUGUUUCGUUUCCUCUCCCGGAUGAGAACUCACGAUUGGUUGCCAUGCGACGGUGGUUUUGAUUUUAGGCCAAUUAGGAACUUUGAUGUUAGGCCAACUUUGAUGUUUGGUGUCAAGUUGUACAACCAUGUACCUCAGAAGGUUUUAUACAUUUUGUGACUGUUGCACUGACUGACACUUUCUUAUAUUAACAUGUGGAAUGUUGUUUUGUAUGCCUUACACACUGACCUAGUAAUGUAACUUAUUUAUGCCCUAUGGAGCUUGUAGUUAAUUUUGAGUUUUGUCUUGUUUUCUUAUUUGAUGGAACAUAAAGCCUUGUGGAGAUGGAAGUUAUUCUGUUGACCGGAGAGAUUCAAACACUUUGUGACUCUCAGCUUCUCGUGGUAACAUCAUACGGGCAGAAAGUCACUUAUAGCAAAUCUGUCCGUUUGUCUAAUCAAUAAAAUGUGUUCCUCUGUU